GUAAUGUGGCGGCUAGACUGGAGUGCGGCCAGCCGAACGCAACCCUUCAGCUGACACUGUCCCCGGGCGAUAAAGCGUGAAACGUGAAACAUUCUGCUUUCGGCACUAUUGGAUCGGUCCGCAAAAAUCGGCCUUCCGGAGCUGCAAGUUUGUUGAUCCUAAUGUUGCCGGGCCACUUCACGAGCGAACGUUUGACAUAAAACGCGACGGUGCGCGAGCGAGAAAACAACACCAAACCGCGAGAAACGGAAUCCGCGGACGCGAAACACAUACACAAGCGCGAACACGAACCGGCAAUCCAAAACGCGCACGAACUUUUCACGGCAGCGAAAUCAAAUGUCAAAACAGUGCAGUGCUGCCAGCAGCGACGAGUGAGAACAGUUGUUCAACAAGCAAUUGUGUUUACAUUCUUCGCGGCACCAUGAGCGAAGCGGCAGAAAGUUUAGAAGCACAAAAUGACCGGCCACAAGCCGAAUCCGAAGGUACGGAACGAAUCAACGGGGACGAUGCGGCACGGGACGCACAAGCUGAGGCGAUUCCGAUGCAAACCGACGAACCAACGACUUCGGCUGUGCAUUACAAGCGGACGGUAGAGAGCGACUUCUUCGGCGAUCGAACGUGCAUCGAAUUGGCUCGCUGCUCCUGGGACCGGCCGGUGCGCCAAAACUACUUGCAAGGUUGCCGUUGGUCCCCGGACGGAACGUGCGUUCUGACGGCGGUCAACAACGAUGGGAUGCACGUUGUUGAAAUGCCGACUGACCUGUACGUCGCGGAAACGGUGUCGGAAGACCGCCCGGUCGACAUCCUGACGUCGGCGGUGCAUGUGAAGGAAGGUGGCCUCGUGUACGACUUCGCCUGGUACCCGGCGAUGAACAGCGGCUACCCGGAGACCUGCUGCUGGAUCGCUUCCCGCCAGCAUGAACCGAUCCAAAUGUGGGAUGCAUUCACCGGUGCGUUGCGUUGCUCGUACAAAGGCUACGAUCAGUACGACGAGGUGGAAGCUGCCCUAUCGCUCGCCUUCUCCCCGGUCGAUGGGUCCACCAUCUACGGUGGCUACAAAAAGUCACUCAAAUCGUUCGACGUCAACAUUCCGGGGCGCGAAACGUCUACUUGGCGCACGAAAUCAACCGCGUCGUGCAUGGCGAUAGCAUCGUCGAUGCCGGACACGAUCAUUUUCGGAUCGUGGAACCGUAGCAUCUCGGUGUUGGACAGCCGGUCCGGCGAGAUACUGCCGGUGGGUAACUACACGCCCGCAAACAGUCACACGGCCGGUGUGACGUGGCUUGGAUUCGCACCCGACACGGAGGACCAGUUCGUUUCCGGAGCGCGGAAGGACCCAAAAGUUUUACUCUGGGACGUUCGCAACCUCACGGUGCCGGUACGCACACUGUACCGGACCUGUGCAACCAACCAGCGGAUCUAUUUGGACUUUUCCACCCAGGGCCACUGGUUAGCAAGUGGCGACACGGGCGGUACACUUCACGCGUGGAACCUGCGCGACGCAGAGAACGAUCGUUCGAAGGAAUUGCAGUUUCCCCUUCACCGGGACUGUCUCAAUGGUGUCUCGUUCCAUCCGCACGCACCGGUACUGGCGACAACUAGUGGUCAGUAUCACUUCAGCCACCCGACUGGAGACGACGAAGAUGAUCAACCGGCCGACUAUGGAAUUUCGAUUCCUGCUACGCCGCCUGCGAAUAGCCAAAAGCGGGAAAAUUACGUAGAAAAUUCACUUAGCCUCUGGUGGAUCGGUAAAGCGGUUCUUUCGGAAGAAUGAGGAGAUCCCCGGCGGAAAUCAGAGGUUUCUUCGAUAGUUUUGAUACUGUUAUUAUUUUUCUCUCGUUAUUGUGUUUGCAGCAGCUUGUAGCAGCCGCUUGCUCGAGAGCCACUGUGGCCGUCCUCUAUUCCUCUUCCUCCGCGAGCCUGUAACCACGGCCUACGAUUAAAUAGUGUUUAAGUCCAUAUGUACAACGAAGAGAAAUAACAAGUUGGGAUUAAUAAAGAGAAACGAACGAACUGAACGCCGCGCGCGCCAUAAC